AUGACGCCUGAAUAUUGUAUAUAUGGCUACGCUUAUUUUAAGUACACAGAGACCUUAUUAUGUAUUGGUCUUAGGCCAAUUGGAUUUCCGGAAAAAGAUAGAAGAGAAAGAGACAUUGAUGUGUUACUUAACAGAUUCGUCGAAGAUGUACUAGGCACGAUUGAAGCUAAAGGAGACGGGGAUCAAAUUAAUAGACUGAAUGAAAUUCCAGUUGAUAAGAUACCUGAUAGGUAA